GCCGAGGGGGAGGGCUUUUCCCCGGCUGGGCGAGUUGUGCUGGGCGCUUCUGGCUCACAGCGCCAACGACUGUCAGGAGAGCUGCGGAGCGAACUGCCGGAAGUGUGCGCGCCGUGAGAGAAACUUGCCUGCUCCGGCCGCGGCCCGGAGCCUCGCCACCCCAGCGCUCGGAGCGACGAUGCGCCCCGAUGACAACAACCUGAGCGGACCCGCGCCUCGGCCAGCCGCCCGCGCCUGCGCUCGCCUGGCCUCGGGGGAGGAAGACUGAGCCCGGCGCAGGCGGCACGGCGCGCGGGGCCCGUUUCCUCUGCGCCGUCCCUUGCGUCCCGGCGCGUUCCCCGAGAUCGCGCGUCCCCAGCGCCGGCCGCGGUCGCCGGCUGCUCCCGCCCUGACCGCCGGCCCGGACGUGUCCCCGGCCGCCGCUGGCUGUGCCUGUGCCAUGGGGCUGCCCACGCUGGAGUUCAGCGAUUCCUACUUGGACAGCCCGGAUUUCAGGGAGCGCCUGCAGUGUCACGAGAUUGAGCUGGAGCGAACCAACAAGUUCAUCAAAGAGCUCAUUAAGGACGGCUCUCUGCUCAUUGGGGCGCUGAGGAAUCUGUCUAUAGCAGUACAGAAAUUUUCCCAGUCACUACAAGAUUUCCAGUUUGAAUGUAUUGGUGAUGCUGAAACAGAUGACGAAAUUAGUAUUGCUCAGUCUCUAAAAGAAUUUGCAAGGCUCCUUAUUGCAGUAGAAGAAGAAAGGAGAAGACUGAUUCAAAACGCUAAUGAUGUAUUAAUUGCGCCACUUGAGAAAUUUCGAAAAGAACAGAUAGGUGCAGCAAAAGAUGGAAAGAAGAAGUUUGACAAGGAGAGUGAAAAAUACUACUCAAUUCUUGAAAAGCAUUUGAAUUUGUCUGCAAAGAAAAAGGAGUCUCAUUUGCAAGAGGCAGAUACACAAAUUGAUCGAGAACAUCAAAACUUCUAUGAAGCAUCAUUAGAAUAUGUCUUUAAAGUUCAAGAGGUUCAAGAGAAAAAGAAGUUUGAAUUUGUUGAACCGCUUUUGUCAUUUCUUCAGGGUUUGUUUACUUUUUACCACGAGGGAUAUGAACUUGCCCAGGAAUUUGCGCCAUAUAAGCAACAGCUGCAGUUCAACUUGCAGAAUACAAGGAAUAAUUUUGAAAGCACUCGACAAGAGGUGGAGCGGUUGAUGCAGAGGAUGAAGUCUGCCAACCAAGACUACAGACCCCCCAGCCAGUGGACGAUGGAAGGCUAUCUUUACGGAAGUAAAACAUUUACAAUGAGUGUUUCGGAAAUGAAAUCCAGUGGGAAAAUGAAUGGCCUUGUUACUAGCUCACCAGAAAUGUUUAAAUUAAAAUCUUGUAUCCGACGAAAGACAGAUUCAAUUGACAAACGAUUCUGCUUUGACAUAGAAGUAGUUGAAAGGCACGGGAUCAUCACAUUACAGGCCUUCUCUGAAGCUAAUAGGAAACUCUGGCUCGAAGCCAUGGAUGGGAAGGAACCGAUUUAUACCCUACCUGCCAUUAUUAGCAAGAAAGAGGAAAUGUUCUUAAAUGAAGCAGGGUUCAACUUUGUGAGAAAAUGCAUUCAAGCUGUGGAAACAAGAGGCAUCACCAUUUUAGGCCUCUACCGAAUAGGAGGAGUGAACUCCAAAGUUCAAAAACUCAUGAAUACUACAUUUUCUCCAAAAUCGCCUCCUGAUAUUGACAUUGAUAUCGAACUGUGGGACAAUAAGACAAUAACGAGUGGACUGAAAAACUACCUCAGAGUAUCACUACACAGUCAACAAAAUCUCAUGACUGUCUCAAAUCUUGGUGUCAUAUUUGGCCCAACUUUAAUGAGAGCACAGGAAGAAACUGUGGCUGCCAUGAUGAAUAUUAAAUUUCAGAAUAUUGUGGUAGAAAUUCUGAUAGAGCACUAUGAAAAGAUUUUUCAUACUGCCCCAGACCCGAACAUUCCUCUUCCUCAGCCUCAGUCUCGAUCUGGGUCCCGCAGGACACGAGCAAUCUGCCUCUCUACCGGCUCUCGGAAGCCCAGAGGGAGGUAUACUCCUUGCCUGGCAGAACCUGAUAGUGACUCCUAUAGCAGCAGCCCAGACAGCACACCCAUGGGUAGCAUUGAGUCACUCUCCUCUCACUCCUCUGAACAAAAUAGCACUACAAAGUCAGCUUCCUGCCAGCCCAGGGAGAAAUCUGGAGGGAUUCCCUGGAUUGCAACCCCAUCAUCUUCCAACGGACAGAAAAGCCUGGGUCUCUGGACAACUAGCCCUGAAUCAAGUUCCAGAGAAGAUGCAACCAAAACAGAUGCAGAAUCAGAUUGCCAGAGUGUUGCCUCGGUCACUAGCCCAGGGAAUGUCUCCCCACCCAUAGACCUGGUCAAGAAAGGGCCUUAUGGCCUUUCAGGACUGAAAAGAACCUCCGCUUCCUCUCUGAGAUCCAUCUCUGCAGCCGAAGGAAACAAGAGCUACAGUGGAUCUAUUCAAAGUUUAACUUCUAUAGGUUCCAAAGAGACUCCCAAAGCCUCACCAAACCCAGAACUGCCUCCUAAAAUGUGCGCAAGGUUAAGGCUAGACACUGCCUCGAGCAAUGGCUAUCAGCGACCUGGCUCCGUAGUGGCAGCAAAAGCCCAACUGUUUGAAAAUGUUGGUUCCCCGAAACCGGUUUCUUCUGGGCGCCAAGCCAAAGCCAUGUAUUCCUGUAAAGCAGAGCACAGCCAUGAACUCUCCUUCCCACAAGGGGCGAUAUUUUCUAAUGUGUACCCAUCAGUGGAACCGGGAUGGUUGAAGGCAACUUAUGAAGGCAAAACAGGACUAGUUCCAGAAAAUUAUGUUGUCUUCCUCUAAUACGAUUUAGUGGAUGGCAGUAUCUUCAUGGUAUCCAUGGUAACGAAUAAUAAGUGCUAUGAUUUAUCUGACACAGAUAUAGGGAUCAGAGCCCUCUAAAUGAAAACAAUCAAUUUCUAUCAAGUCCUUCACCAACAUACAAUGUAGCUCCCUAUUAAUGGAAAAAACAUGUUUAAAUUGUUGGCCAUUCUUUUUUGGGCUAAUUACUUAUUUUUAAAUAUCUUGCUUUUUUUUUGUUUGUUUUUUGCUUUUGGACAAGUAACUCUCCACAAUGUCUCUUCCAUAACAAUUGUAAGGUCUCAAAUUCUGUGUUAAAUACUAUAUCCCAGAAAUUUGGAAACCAGAAAUGUGCUAUAUGGAUUUUGAGCUCUAUCCUUUACUGCCUGGCAUUCUCUGAGGAACUCUGAAAUCGUUACUUAAAAAAUGUAAUUUAAAUUGUUCAUUUAGUAUUUUUUUCUUAAAAAUAUACUGCUUUUAUAUAUGAUUGUUUUGCUGGUCCUAAACAUUUCAAGAAUAUAAAUCUUUGUUUUAAGAUAACUUUAUUUUUAUUUGUUUUCCAGGUAGAUAAUAAUAUUCAAAAGCAAUAAUGUAUAUGAUGUCUGUAAAGGAAGGCAAAUUAAGUCAUACACUGAUUCCCCUGUAAACAAUCCAUCCAGCAUACCAGACACCUUCAGCAGGUUUAAUAGAGAGAUCAGCAAACCAUUUCUGUAAAGACCUGAGAUGAUAAUAAAUAUUUUUGUGACAGGCUAGGUUUGGCUUGUGGGUCAUAGUUUGCUGACUCCUAGUUUAGAGGAUAUGUAAAACUAUCUUCAUAACUUUGGGAUUUUCAUAAAAUUUUACUGCGUUAAAAUAUAAAAACUGAUAAAGUAUAUGUACAUAUCCUCUACUAGUAGCAUUAUAGUGGUAUCACAGAAAAAUAAUUAUAAUAAUGGGAAAACUACAACUACAGUAUAAAGACAACUGAAAAUUCUACUUGUAAUAUUGCGAAGUGUCAAAGUAUUUUAAUGAUAUCCAACUUUGGCUUUUGAGAUGUUCUACAAAUGAAAAAGAUGUUGUUUGAAGACACUCUUAGGGAGGCUGUGCCUUCCAAAGUCUAUGCUUAGUUGAAACAGAAAAUAAACACAAAGGUGUACAGGAUUCUUAAAUUAUUUUGAACCACAAAGUUUGACAUUGUUUCAUCAUCUUUAGCAAGAAUAAAAUCUGUAUGCGAUUUUCCUUGGUGCCAUUCAGUUUUCAGCCUUUACUAGGAAUUUCACUGAAUUUACAGAGCAUAGAAAUAGGUAUUUACUACC